AUCUGAUGCAAAAUGUGGCUCAAAUGUGACCAGCCGGUUAUUCUAACAGUUUUUAAAUCAUUUCUUCAAUAGUGAAUAGUGAAUUAAUUUUGAUUUCUAAAAAUCAGUACAGAGUUGACAGAGAGUUAAGAGAGGACGUAACGAAGCAGGAACAAUGAAGAUGAACAUCAUCUUGGAUAAGAAUAAUCCCGCAGUUGGAAUUUAUGCAGCCACAAAACUGGUGCAGCUUGAAGGGGCGUCUGUGAAUGUUCAAUGGGGAAAUGAAACAAAGGCCGCAUGGACAACAGGGUCUACUUCAUCAUCAGCGUCCAUUCUAAGGUUACUGGGAAUAAAUGCCACCAAUGCUGAUGCCACGUUGUAUCGUGGAACUGCGAUAGAAAAAACAGAGAUUGAUCAUUGGAUUACAUUUUCUGAUUCUCAACUUACAAAAGGAAAUGUAGAAAAAAGUCUUCAGUUAUUGAACGAAGCCCUGCUUAAUUGUUCAUACCUUGUGUCAGAUAGACUCACAAUUGCUGAUCUUGCUAUGUUCGAUAAAUUAUCUCGUAAGAAAGAUUUGGUAUCAAGAUAUCAAAAUAUCAGCCGCUAUUACCACUUCAUUGAAACGAUUAUCAAGGACACAAUCCCUGCUGCUGAUAAGGAGAUAAUGAAUGAGAUCAAGCCAUACCAGCAGUUUGGAUCGGGAGAUACAAAAAAGGUGUCACAACAGCAAAAAUCCUCGUCAAAUAAUGAUUUUGGUCAUGCGAGCAAUAAGAAACCUGCUGCUGCCGGGGAGAACAAGAAAGGGAAAAGAAAUGAAGGCAAGGAAAAUAGCGCUGAUGGUGGUGGGGACAAGGGAAAGAAAAAAGAUGAAGGAAAAUUUGUCGAGCUUCCAGGUGCUGAGUUAGGAAAAGUCAUCGUUAGAUUUCCUCCUGAAGCAUCUGGAUAUCUUCAUAUUGGUCACGCUAAGGCUGCUUUACUCAACCAAUAUUACCAACAACUGUUUCAAGGACAACUCAUCAUGAGAUUUGAUGAUACCAAUCCUGCAAAAGAAAAGGAACAUUUUGAAGAUGUCAUCCUUGAAGACUUGAAAAUGUUGGAAAUCAAACCGGAUCGAUUUACAUAUUCGUCUGACCAUUUUGACUUGAUGUUGCAAUUGUGUGAGAAACUAAUCAAUGAAGGAAAAGCUUACGUCGAUGAUACUGAUGGUGAAGUCAUGCGCGACGAAAGAAUUAAGAAAAUUGAAUCCAAAAACAGAAAUAAUGUGGCGAAAAAGAAUAUUGAAAUGUGGAGUGAAAUGAAAAAGGGAACAACCAUUGGUCAAAAAUGUUGCGUGAGAGCCAAGAUUGAUAUGAAUUCUCCAAAUGGAUGCAUGCGUGACCCAACAAUUUAUCGAUGCAAGCCAGAGCCCCACGUUCGUACUGGAGAUAAAUAUAAGGUAUACCCAACAUAUGAUUUUACAUGCCCAAUUGUGGAUAGCGUCGAAGGAGUAACUCAUGCAUUAAGGACGACAGAGUAUCACGAUCGAGAUGACCAAUAUUUUUGGUUCAUUGAUGCCUUAGGACUCAGAAAGCCACAUAUUUACGAAUACUCACGUUUGAAUUUGACAAAUACUGUUCUUUCAAAACGGAGGCUAACUUGGUUUGUGGAUGAAGGUCUUGUUGACGGCUGGGAUGAUCCUCGGUUUCCUACGGUACGAGGUGUUUUGAGACGUGGAAUGACUGUAGAAGGAUUGAAGCAGUUCAUUGUUGCUCAAGGUUCUUCGAGGAGUGUCGUGAUGAUGACAUGGGACAAAAUUUGGGCAUUUAACCGUCAGGUCAUUGAUCCCAUCGCGCCCCGCCACACGGGAUUGAUGAGGCAUUCUCUUGUCGAAGUUCAUGUCAAGGAUGCUUGUGACACAUUGCUACAAGCAGCAAUACAUCCAAAGAACCCAGACAUGGGCAUGCGGAAUGUGUGGACGUCGGCAGUAGUAUAUGUUGAGGAGGAGGAUGCUAUUUUGUUCAAGGAGGGCGAAAACGUGACCUUUAUAAACUGGGGCAAUUUAAAGAUUGCCAAGAUUCACAGGUCUGGAACUACAGUUCAGCGUGUUGAAGCGACUUUGAAUUUGGAUGACAAGAAUUUCAAAACCACCAUCAAAAUUAAUUGGCUUGCAAACACUCCAAAAUCUUUGUUAACACCAAUUGAUGCAGUGUUUUAUGAUCAUAUAAUCUCCAAAGCGGUAUUGACUCCCGAUGAGGAUUUCAAGCAGUUUAUUGGACAAAAUACAAAGAUUAAUGUGCCAAUGCUGGGAGAUGAGGAUUUGAAGAAAUUGAAAAAAGGCGACAUCAUACAGCUCCAAAGGAAAGGAUUUUUCAUUUGUGACGUACCCUAUCAGCCACGAAGCGUCUAUACUUGCCAAGAACAACCAGUUGUCCUAUUUGCAAUUCCUGAUGGGAAGACUAAGGAAAAUCCUACAAUCAAGAUCCCUGGAAAACAAGAGAACGCUGUGCCUGAGGUAUCAUCUUCUUCACCAGUUGGACGAUCUUUGAAGAGCAUCGACGCUGAAAUCACUGCAGAAGGCAAUAAAAUUCGCGAUCUCAAAGGGCAGAAAGCAAGUAAAGAAGUGAUUGAUGUAGCAGUAAAGGCUCUCCUUGCACUUAAAGCUGAAUUUAAAACUGUUGCUGGAAAAGAUUGGGAUCCCAAAGGAAACAACGUUCCAGAAAGUAGUACUUCACCUUCAGUAGUGAGUGGGAAUUCUUCCAUUGUGCAGAUUGAUUCCCAAAUAAUUUCUGUCGGCAAUAAGAUCAGAGACUUGAAAACACAAAAAGCGUCCAAGCAGAUAAUUGACGAGGAAGUUAAGAAACUGCUUGCGUUGAAAGUAGAAUUCAAAGCUGCGGCUGGAAAAGACUGGGAUCCAAAAGGAAAUAACGUUCCAUCGACAGGAUCGCCGUUAGUAACAACUCCCAACCAAACUAAACAAGAUCCUUCCGCUACUGUUUCUACUCCACUAGCUGAAAAUUCUCUUGCAAAAUUGGACUCGGAUAUAAUUGCACAAGGCAACAAAAUUCGGGACCUGAAGUCCCAAAAAGCACCUAAAAACGUAAUUGAUAUUGAGGUAAAGAACCUCCUUCAAUUGAAAGCUGAAUUCAAAACUGCGGCUGGAAAAGAUUGGGAUCCUAAAGGAAACAACGUAGCAUCGACUGUGCCCCCUACCCCCCAAGCGACAGUGUCUAGUGAUAAUUCAUUAGAAAAAAUUGAUUCAGAGAUUACGGAGGUAGGAAACAAGAUACGAGAGCUCAAGUCCCAAAAGGCGUCCAAGGAAGUAAUUGAUUGCGAAGUCAAAAAACUCUUAGCUUUGAAAGCAAGUUUCAAGACAGCUGCUGGAAAAGACUGGGAUCCAAAAGGGAACAACGUUAAUAUUCAACCAGUAAAGAUGACUGUUGGUGAACCAGAGUUAAAGUCCCAAAUCGAGGACCAGGGGACGAAAGUCCGACAAUUGAAGGACUCUAAAGCAGCAAAAAAUGAAAUUGAUGCUGCUGUGAAAGUCUUAUUGGAUUUGAAAGCCCAGUUUAAAACACUAACUGGUCAAGAUUAUACCCCUGCUGGAGGAAAUGCUCAACGCAGCAGUAGCGGAACCAAGAAAGAAGUUAAGAAAGAAGUAAAGCCCAAAGAAGUUCAGGCCCCCAAAGAUGCUGGGGAUGGAUCUGCAAAGAAGCAGACCAAAUUGGGGAUAGAUUGCAAAAAAUCGGAAAACUUGUCCGAUUGGUUUUCUCAGGUGAUCACCAAAGGAGAGAUGAUAGAGUAUUAUGAUGUGAGCGGUUGCUACAUUUUUCGUCCUUGGUCGUAUUCCAUUUGGGAGUCCAUCAAGGAUUGGUUUGAUGGAGAAAUUAAAAAGUUGGGAGUGCAAAAUUGUUAUUUCCCAAUGUUUGUGAGCCAGGCAGCACUUCAAAAAGAAAAGGACCACAUUGCUGAUUUUGCUCCAGAGGUCGCAUGGGUCACAAGAAGUGGAGAAACGGAACUUGCAGAACCCAUUGCGAUUCGACCAACAUCGGAAACCGUCAUGUACCCGUCAUUUGCAAAAUGGGUUCAAUCCCAUCGUGAUCUUCCCAUCAAACUCAAUCAAUGGAACAAUGUUGUUAGGUGGGAGUUUAAACACCCGCAGCCAUUUUUGCGAACCCGUGAGUUCUUGUGGCAAGAAGGCCACACAGCUUUUGCUACCUACAAAGAAGCGGAGGAGGAGGUUUACAAAAUUCUGGAGCUGUAUGAAAAAGUGUACACUGAUUUGCUGGCGAUUCCUGUCAUACCUGGAAGAAAAACGGAAAAGGAGAAAUUUCCAGGUGGGGAUUUCACAACCACUGUUGAAGCUUUUGUUUCCGCAUCUGGUCGUGGAUUGCAAGGAGCAACUUCUCAUCAUUUGGGUCAAAAUUUCUCCAAAAUGUUUCAUAUUGAGUUUGAAGAUCCAGUGACUCGUGAAAAGGCUAAUGCUUAUCAAAAUUCAUGGGGAUUAUCUACGCGAACAAUUGGUGCAAUGGUUAUGAUACACAGUGAUGAUCAAGGACUUGUCCUCCCUCCCAGAGUUGCUGCCGUACAAGUUAUUAUCGUGCCAUGUGGAAUAACGGCUUCAACCUCUGACAAAGAUAGGAAUGCUUUACUUGACGAGUGUCAAUCCUACGAGCAACGUCUUUGCAAAGUGGGUGUGAAAGCUAAGGGUGACUACCGUGACAAUUAUUCUCCAGGAUGGAAAUACAAUCAUUGGGAAUUGAAGGGUGUUCCAAUCCGACUUGAAAUUGGACCAAGAGAUAUGGAGAAAAGUCAGUUUGUUGCUGUCAAGCGAUUCAACGGCGAAAAAAUAACUGGUUCCAAGGUUAAUCUUGAAGAUCAAAUUAGCACAAUGUUGGUGGACAUUCACAAGGAAAUGUUUUCAAAAGCAAAACAUGAGCUGGACUCUCACGUCAUUGUUACGGAAGAUUGGAAAAAAUUUUGUGCUGAUUUGGAUAAGAAGAAUAUUAUAAUGUCGCCUUUCUGUGGACGUGUAGAAUGUGAGGAGAAUAUCAAGAAGGAUAGCGCAAGGGAAGAUCCAAGCGAAGAACCUGGAGCACCUGCAAUGGGGGCAAAAAGCCUCUGCAUGCCAUUCAAGCAACCGAAACAACUUGCCGAUAAUGCAAAAUGUGUGCACCCCAAGUGUAGUCAAAAGCCACUAAACUACACGUUAUUUGGAAGGAGCUACUAAAUAUGUUUUGAGGUGUUUCCUAUUCUAUUGGGUUUAUACUUUUCAUCCACAUUAUGAAUUAUCUAACAUUUAAUGGUUGUACAAGACUACUCCGAGUGAAUGUUAUUAAAUUAUUAAAUUCCGA